AUGGUCGGUUACAAUCCAGAGCCCAUUAGUGGCAAGGAAUUGUCAUCUGCGGAAUACAGCGAGGCUGGAUUGGCAAGUGGAAUCGCUACUCGUGUUAUUAUCCAACCUCUAGAUGUCCUUAAAAUUCGGUUCCAGCUUCAAGAAGAACCCAUUCGUGGCAGAAACUCGGGAAAAUACAAGGCCUCUGAAGAUGGCGAAAAAGCCGAAACGUCAGGCAAAUAA